AUGACUCGAAAUCAUUUGGUUGUGACAAGGCCAAGACAUUGUAUCGGAUUCAUUUCUAAUUAUUUUGCCAUCUUAUUCUCUUCUCUUUCUAUUUCUCUUAAUCUGUCCAUUUCUCUGUUCGUAUCGAUCUCAUUCACUGUGCUCAUAUCUUGCUCGAUUCAUUUACCCCUCCUCUCUCUGUUUAAAUAUAUCUCUCUCACACACUCUCUCUCUCUCUCCCUCCCUUUCUCACUUUAUGUUCAUGACUUCCAUCUCAUUCCUUCUGUCUUUCUCCCUCUCUUUCUCUCACUCUCUCUCUCUUUCUCUGUCUUUCUUCAUUAUCUUUCUCCAUAUAUUACCUAUUUCAUCUUAUCCAUAUUCCUCUCUCCCUUUCUUUCUCUUUCUUGUCUUCUCUCUCUUACUUUCUCUUGGUUACUUAUUCUAUCUCUUUCUCGCUUUAUAAUCACUCUCUACGUAAUACUUCGUACCUCUCUCUAUCUUUCUAGUUAUAUCUCGCUUGUUCUCUCUCUCUCUCUCUCUCUCUCUUCCCUCUGUGACUUUCUCUCUGUGCUUUUCUCUUUCUUUCCUCAUUAUUCCCCCUCUCUCUAUUUAUCCAUUUAA